ACGUCCAGAGUUGAUCAAGAAAAACGGCGCGCCAGCUGAAUAAAAUACCAGAAAGAUCACGGGUAAAGAUCACCGAGCUUUGCGAACGUGACCGUACGUACCGGCGGGCAGUUUAGCGGGCGUUUUAAGUAGACUCUCGUUGUUGGGGUUCAUUUUCCGGGUGCUUCGUUAUUCGUGUGUUUCUAAACGUUUGGAUCACAGAUUUGCAGUCUUUCCGUAACCUUUAUUGACUGAUACAUCGUUUGUAAGAUGGCUGAGAAGAAACUGAAUCUAAUAGCUGCUGCAUGCACCAGCAAGGGUAAAAUGGGAAUUGGAAUCAAUGGAAACUUGCCAUGGAGACUUCGGCAGGAGAUGGCGUACUUUGAAAGGUUAACUAAGACCGCUCAGAUGGAAGGAAUGAAGAAUGCUGUUAUCAUGGGAAGGAAGACAUGGGACUCAAUACCAGAAAAAUUUAGACCCCUGAAGGACAGAGUCAAUGUCGUUCUCAGCAACUCUCUGACGGAAUGUCCACCCGGUGCAGAUCAUCUAUGUUCAUCUUUAAACGAAGCUGUGAAGCUGUUUUCCUCACCUCCUCUUUCGGAGACAGUUGAUAUGGUGUGGAUAACAGGAGGUAGUGCAGUCUACAAGGAUGGAAUCGACUCUCCUCACUGUCAUCGGAUUUAUCUCACACGAAUCAUGAAGGAGAUAGAGUGCGACACAUUCUUCCCAGAAUUCGACCUCGACAGAUUCAAACUAGUCACAGAUCCUGCAGUCGACCAAGACACUCAAGAAGAGAAAGGCAUCCAGUACAAAUUUGAGAUCUAUGAAAGUUCCUCCUAGCACCUGCCUUGGCCAUGCCUUGCCCCGCCCUGCCGAUCCCUCAUCUUUAACAUAUACAGCUCUCUUAAUAUCCAUUGGCAUAUUCAAAAAAGUUGUGAGGUACUUUCUGUGAAGGAGUGAAGAAGCAACUGAUUUUGAUUUAAUGAUGAUAUUUGGAGCUUUGUGGGGUAUUUUUAACAUGAAUUGGGAUCAUGCAGUAGCUGAAGACUACUAAUUCGAAACGAUUCAUUCUUCUUUGCAUGUUAUAUGCUCUAAGCAAGGAAAGUAUUCAUUAUUUGUGUGUAAUUUGUAAGUAGUUUUCAUGAGGUGAAGUGGUCUAUUGUUACAUCACAGCACAACAAAGGGUUUCUGACUUCUUCUUGCAUUCAAUUUUGAAUACCGGAUAUGGAAAAAAUGUUUCUUAACUACAAGUGUUCAUGAAAAGUUCAUCAAAAAUCAUGGGACUUUUCAUCAGCAAAUGUCCAAUUUGGGAUCCCACAUGGUAAUUAUAUCUAAAAGAGAAGUGUGUAGUUUGGCAAUUGAUGUUUUGUUAGAGUACAUAUCAAAUAAUACUUGUUGUGCCAUGAUUUGUUUUUGUUUUUGCACCUCUGACUAUGUCGAGAAAGAAAACUUGAAUGGACUCUUAUUAAACAAAGAAAAAGUGACUUCUUCUUUGCAUCUGUAUGAAUGAUCAACAUCAUGAAUGAAAACAAGGAGCAUUUAAAAUGGAAAAUGUUGACUCUUCUGUCAUGUGAUGUAGUGUAUUUUGAAGAACAAAUUUGAAGUGUUUUAGGGGCUAAAGUUUCUAGUGCUUAAAAACAUAAAACAUCCACAGGGGCAUCCAAAUGUCUAAAUUUUAAAGAAUUACUAUCCAUCCAAUUUUCAAAAUUUUUCAAAACUUUGCAUUACCUUUAAAGUACUCGUUCAAAGAAAAUCACAAAUAUGACAAAUAACGUAUCACGGUUGAGCAUUGUUUAAAGUGAGUGGACGGACCUGCAGAAAAACAGCCUUUGGCUGAAGUUGGCAUAUAAUGAACUGAGUUUAACUUCUCUUCAGCUGCCAGUAUAACACUUUUAAAGGCAGGCUGUAGCACUCAUUUGCAAACUCUUAAGUAGUAAUGAAUCAAAUAUAUAUUUAAUAUUUUGAGCGGAAGAAAUUCAUUAGCUUUUAAUUAAAAAAAAUACUGUGCUAUGGCUUUUAAUCCUACCAUUUUCAACUCCCCUCAUAGUUUGCUGAUGGUUGAAAGUAACUUUACUAGACAGUGUAUCCCAACAUUCAGUUGGACAAGCAGGGUUAGUUUGGAUACUGUUCUUGACAAGGCACACCAAAGUUUGGAUUUGUAUGUAAACAAAACAAAAAAAUAAUUAUGUAUAGUACGUAACUUGUUUUCGAUAGAGAAUCGUGUACAUUCCAAAUAUCUGCCAUUUGAUGCUCUUAGUUAUUAUAUCCUAUACUCAUUAAAGAGUAUGAUUAUUUCUAUGACUUUGAUAUUUGACAAUCAAAAGACCUUUAACUCAUAUGCAUGGCUGUGUGAAAACACCAUAUGAUGUAUCUGUAAGCAAACAAAGCGUGUUUAAAAACCAGUUAAUCCAGAAUAUCUUCACAUCUGAUAUUGGUGCGACUUGUUAUCUUAUCCCUGGUCAAGUUCAGGUUCAGGGGCCCGUUUCACAAAGCAUAUUUUCAAUGACAAAUGACAAAAAUCAGUGACAAAUCUGCUGAUAACCAAUCAGAAGCAAGGAUUUCGGUAGCUUAUAACAAAAACUGUCAGUUGUCACUGAUGACAAGUUUUUUGAAACGCCCCCCCUCCCCCAGGUGCUUGGUUUGCAGGCAGAAAGAUCUUGUCAGUCGCUGUGCAUAACUGUCUGUUCUGUGAGACUAGGCUGACAGCAUCCUGCACAAGCUCGGUACUUUAGCUGCUCUGACUGACACAGCAAGCUCCCAAGUAUUUUACUGAUGAAGCAAAACUUAUAGACAAAAAUGUAGUAUUGUCCAUAAUCAGUUACUAGUUGCUGCUCCUUUUGGUGCAAUUCUUAGUUUAGGAAUAUGAUUAUAUCUGCCAAUUUUUAUUGUAGUAUAUUGUAGGGCAUGAGCAAUUGUCAUGCCUGAUGCGAAUCACGACUGACACACGUGAUGGAAAUAUAGAAGUAAAUUAUACGAGUCAUAAAAAAUGUGAUAAGGGUAUGAUAACAAAUUCUAUUUUUUCAUAACACGUGAUGGGGGUAUGAUAAUGGUUUUGUUUUGCAUAUAUACGAUGUAUCUAGUCACGUGUUAGGUGCGUGAAUUAUAUCACCCCAGCCAUAGCCUUGCUGCAUGCCCUGGUGAGGUGAUUAGAUAAUUAGCAAGACUUUGCAAUUUUCAUUUAACCCAUAGCCUACAGGAUCUGGGCUGUCCCUUUGUUUGCCUUUGGGAAUAAACAAUGUAAUAGCCACUUGGUUAAUUAUUUUAUUGUCUUGUCUUAACCCUCUUGUAUGAAGUGUCUGAAUUAAAAUAUUCUUUCUCUA